UGUCCUUAUUUUAAAGGGUGCCUCGGGACUGUCCAUAAUUUUAAAGGGUGCCUCAAGACUGUCCUUAAUUUUAAAGGGUGCCUCAAGACUGUCCAUAAUUUUAAAGGGUGCCUCGGGACUGUCCAUAAUUUUAAAGGAUGCCUUGGGACUGUCCAUAAUUUUAAAGGGUGCCUCGGGACUGUCCAUAAUUUUAAAGGGUGCCUCGGGACUGUCCAUAAUGGUAAAGGAUGCCUCAAGACUGUCCAUAACUUUAAAGGGUGCCUCAGGACUGUCAAUAAUUUUAAAGGGUGGCUCAAGACUGUCCAUAAUUUUAAAUGGUGCCUCAAGACUGUCCAUAAUUUUAAAGGGUGCCUCGGGACUGUCCAUAAUUUUAAAGGGUGCCUUGGGACUGUUCAUAAUUUUAAACGGUGCCUCGGGACUGUCCAUAAUUUUAAAGGGUGCCUUGGGACUGUCCAUAAUUUUAAAGGGUGCCUCGGGACUGUCCAUGAUAGUAAAGGAUGCCUAAAGACUGUCCAUAAUUUUAAAGGGUGCCUCGGGACUGUCCAUAAUUUUAAAGGGUGCCUUUGGACUGUCCAUAAUUUUAAAGGGUGCCUUGGGACUGUCCAUAAUUUUAAAAGGGUGCCUUUGGACUGUCCAUAAUUUUAAAUGGUGCCUCGGGACUGUCCAUGAUAGUAAAGGAUGCCUCGGCACUGUCCAUAAUAUUAAAGGGUGCCUUGACUGAAAAAAGGUUGAGAAACACUGCCCCAGAGGAUCUCCA